AUAGUAAGCCUAAGCCUUAACAAAGUACCCACGUGCGUUUUGACCCACGUAUGACUUUCAGAACCUUCUUAGACUCUUUCUCUUUGCGCCCGAAAAAUUACCCUAAAAAAAUUUCCCCCCUUUUCUUUCUCUCUCUUCCCGCAAUCGCGAAAAGUCUAAUUUAGCAGCUGAUCUUAAAUCUUAUCAAUUCAUCGAUUCUACAUUUGAGUUACACUUUAAUCAGUAUUCUGGGUUUAAUUGACGACAUAAGCUUUCCUUGCUCGAUGGUUGAUCCAAUUGGAAAAUUAGGGUUUUUUUUGUUUCAAAUUCUAGAUGCUGCUGUUAUAUGAAGUGCAAUACAAGAUCUCUGUGGAUUUAGGUUUUGGCGUCCGAUGGUUGUAAUGAAUAAGGAAAUAAAAAUGCUGGGUGAUCAGCAUUUUAACAGAAUUGACAUCCUAGAGAUCAAAAUUCAGAUUGGGAAGAAGUUAGGAAGUGAAAGAGCAGGGAAGUACUUUGGUCUGUUAGAUAGCUUUUUCGGGUUCAAACUUGCUAAAUCGGAGUUUGAUAAGCUCUGCAUUGCGGCUAUUGGGCGGGAGAACGUUUGCUUACACAAUCGCCUGCUUAGAUCCAUUCUUAAGAAUGCUUGCUUCUCCAAGACGCCUCCUCCGAAAGGAAGGAAAUUGGAGGAACCUGUUGUUGAUAAGGUUGCUAAUGGGUACCAAAGAAGUUGCCUUCAAUCUCUUUGCAGAGAUGUUUUGCCAUUGUCUCCACGGAGAGGUAGGACACCUGGUUUUCGUGAUCGUAGAAGCAAGGACCGUCCAAGUCCACUUGGUCCACAUGGGAAGCCUAAUCCUGUUGCAUCGUGUAAGGAUUUGGCUCAAAAGGCUCUGGAGCAGCAAAGUGCUACAGAGUUGCUGUCUUUAGGUAGCAGGCCUAUUGAAGUCAACUCUGUGGAAGAUGGGGAAGAGGUUGAUCAGGCUGCUAUAAGCCCGGGAAUUCAUAGCAGGAGUCCUGUCACUCCACCUCUGGGAAUUCCAUGGAACGGAAAAGGAAACAGGAAAGUGCUCAGUAGUUUAACAUCUUCUGCUGUGCAUGUUGAAAGCUGUCAGAAAAAUGGUGAUCUACCCAACACAAGCUCUCUAAGGAAGCUAUUGGAGCAGAAAUUGGAAAAGGAAGGGAUGGGAAUUUCCCUAGAUUGUGUUAAUUUGUUGAAUAAUGGGUUGGAUACUUUUCUCAAGAGGUUGAUAAAGCCCUCCCUAGAAUUAGCAAAUUCGAGGUUUGGAAACGAUCGACUGAAAAGAGGUAGUGAGAGUGUUAAUGGUCUAAAUGGAGUUUGGCCCGAAAGACACUUAAGGGAACCCAUUUCUCCUCCUUCAGUAUCCAUCUUAGACUUUCGGACUGCAAUGGAGCUUAAUCCACGAGUACUUGGAGAAGAUUGGCCUACACAGCUUGAGAAGGUUUGCCUUCGAGAGUUUGAAAGCGGGUUUCAUGAUUAGUUUGCAGAAGAGAAGAAAUGGUGGGGUCUAUCGUAAAUUAUGUUUUGAUAGAAAUGAGGUGGUGCAUUGUUGAUAAAAUAACCUCUAACAUUGAUUUAAAACCUCCGUAGAUUCAACAGUAAAAACCAGUGUAAAAUUGCCGGGAAUUUUGGGUUAAGUUGAUUCCAUUGUACAUAUAUCUUUAUAUUAGUAUCUAGCAGAAGUAUUGGUGGGAGUGAUGAGAUAUGAUAGAAAGAUCAUUGUAAGAUUUUUGUUACAAAUAUUACUACUUAGAAACUUCCUGAAUAAUACAAGUGUUUGGUUCAUUACUUCA